AUGGCGUUCGGCAGCUCCCUCCGAUUGCUCCUGCUGCCGAUCCCGCUGAGCCUGGGCUUCAACAGGACGGCGACCAAGAGGCAGCUUCGGGGCCUCCUCUCCGAGACGAUCUACUGCAACCCCUACCUGCAGCAGAUGUGCCCCCCAGGUGACGUGGCGUGCCCGCAGUGCGGUUCGGACAGGUGCGAAUGCCCCGGCAGCCCAGGUCCGAGCCCCAGCCCAGACACCAAGUGCAGCUGGGAGGAGCACAGGAACAGCGACGGCAACAAUUUGCUGCAAGCUCCCUGGUCCCAGGACCCGCAGGCGUGCUGCAACCACUGCGGCGAGCAGUCGGGGUGCGCGGCGUGGACCUUCAUUCAGGGCAGCCACGAGUGCUGGUUGAAGAGCUGGGUGCCGUCUAGGGACCAGUGGCGCUGGGACGACUCGGCCAUCAGCGGCCAAAUCGGGGCGCCGAGCCUCCAGGCGGCCCUUGAUGCGCCAAGCAACAGUUCGCUCCAGGGCCUCCUCUCCGAGACGAUCUACUGCAACCCCUACCUGCAGCAGAUGUGCCCCCCAGGUGACGUGGCGUGCCCGCAGUGCGGUUCGGACAGGUGCGAGUGCCCCGGCAGCCCAGGUCCGAGCCCCAGCCCAGACACCAAGUGCAGCUGGGAGGAGCACAGGAACAGCGACGGCAACAAUUUGCUGCAAGCUCCCUGGUCCCAGGACCCGCAGGCGUGCUGCAACCACUGCGGCGAGCAGUCGGGGUGCGCGGCGUGGACCUUCAUUCAGGGCAGCCACGAGUGCUGGUUGAAGAGCUGGGUGCCGUCUAGGGACCAGUGGCGCUGGGACGACUCGGCCAUCAGCGGCCAAAUCGGGGCGCCGAGCCUCCAGGCGGCCCUUGAUGCGCCAAGCAACAGCUCGCUCCAGGGCCUCCUCUCCGAGACGAUCUACUGCAACCCCUACCUGCAGCAGAUGUGCCCCCCAGGUGACGUGGCGUGCCCGCAGUGUGGUUCGGACAGGUGCGAGUGCCCCGGCAGCCCAGGUCCGAGCCCCAGCCCAGACACCAAGUGCAGCUGGGAGGAGCACCGGAACAGCGGCCUCCUCUCCGAGACGAUCUACUGCAACCCCUACCUGCAGCAGAUGUGCCCCCCAGGCGACGUGGCGUGCCCGCAGUGUGGUUCGGACAGGUGCGAGUGCCCCAGCAGCCCAAGUCCGAGCCCCAGCCCAGACACCAAGUGCAGCUGGGAGGAGCACAGUGAACAGCGACGGCAACAAUUUGCUGCAAGCUCCCUGGUCCCAGGACCCGCAGGCGUGCUGCAACCACUGCGGCGGGCAGUCGGGGUGCGCGGCGUGGACCUUCAUUCAGGGCAGCCACGAGUGCUGGUUGAAGAGCUGGGUGCCGUCUAG